AAAAACUAUAGUAAGUUUUAAUUACCAAAUACCUUUGUCAAUGGCUCACACCCUACUUUCCUCACUCCCAAUCCGCAAUUUCGCUAGAGUACCUGUCCCGUGUAAAGUUCCUUUCUCACUUGUAACACCCAGAAGUGGUAACGUUCCUUUCUCUGUCCAAUGCAUGCAUCCCAGCAAAAUUUCAAGUAGUCCUGAAAUUUCGCGGCGAUCGGCAAAUUACCAACCUCCCAUUUGGCAAUAUGAUUACAUUCAGUCACUGAGGAGUGAAUAUGCGGAGGAAUCGUGCACUAGACAAAUUAAUGUGUUGGUAGAACAAGUGAGGAUGAUGCUUCACAAAGUGGGGGACCCUUUAGAGCAACUUGAGCUGAUAGAUGUCUUGCAAAGGCUAGGAUUAUCUUAUCACUUCGAGGCAGAACUGAAGAGAAUAUUAGAAGCUCUAUACAGCAAUGAUCAUGGUGGUGACAUUGAUACAUGGAAGACGAAGAAUUUAUAUGCCACUGCUCUUAAAUUUAGACUACUAAGACAACAUGGAUACAGUGUGUCUCAAGACAUUUUCAAUAGUUUCAAGGAUGAGAGAGGGAAGUUCAAGGCAUGCCUUUGUGAGGAUACCAUGGGUAUGCUAUCCUUGUAUGAAGCCUCAUUCCUUUCGAUAGAAGGUGAAAAUAUCUUAGAUGAAGCAAGAGAUUUCUCAAUCAAACAUCUAGAAGAUUACGUCAAGCAGAAUAAAGAUAAAAAUCUUGCUAUUAUAAUAAGUCAUUCCUUGGAGCUCCCACUGCAUUGGAGGAUGCUUAGGUCGGAAGCAAGAUGGUUCAUUAACAUAUAUAGAAGCAAACAAGACAUGAACCCUAUCUUACUUGAGCUUGCAGAAUUGGAUUUCAACAUUGUACAAGCAGCCCACCAAGAAGAUCUAAAGCAAGUGUCAAGGUGGUGGAAGAGCACAGGCCUUGCAGAGAAUUUGAGCUUUGCGAGGGAUAGACUAAUGGAGAAUUUCUUAUGGACAGUGGGAGUAAUAUUUCAGCCUCAGUUUGGAUAUUGUAGGAGAAUGUCAACAAAGGUCAAUGCACUAAUAACAACAAUAGAUGAUGUUUACGAUGUGUAUGGCACCUUGGAUGAACUUGAGCUCUUCACAGAUGCUGUUGAAAGAUGGGAUAUCAAUGCAAUAGACGAACUCCCAGAUUAUAUGAAGAUAUGUUUCAUUGCUCUUCACAAUUCAAUUAAUGAAAUGACCUUUGAUACACUCAAGGAACAAGGAUUCCAUGUCAUUCGAUAUUUUAAAAAAGCAUGGGCAGAUAUAUGUAGAUCUUAUUUGUUAGAGGCAAAGUGGUACCAUAGCGGAUAUACACCGAGCCUUCAAGAAUACAUUGAGAAUGCAUGGAUUUCAAUAUCAGCACCAACUAUACUGGUGCAUGCUUAUUUUUUUGUCACAAAUCCGAUUACAAAGGAGGCCUUGGAUUGUUUGGAAGAGUACCCCAACAUAAUCCGUUGGUCAUCAAUGAUUUUACGACUUGCAGAUGAUCUUGGAACAUCUACGGAUGAGCUAAAAAGAGGUGAUGUUCCCAAAUCAAUCCAGUGCUACAUGAAUGAAACUGGUGCUAGUGAAGAAGAAGCUCGUGAGCACAUAAGGUUUUUGAUAAGUGCAACAUGGAAAAAGAUGAAUGAAGACCGAGCUGCAAGUUCUCCCUUCUCUGAAACAUUUAUUGAAAUUGCAUUGAACCUUGCAAGGAUGGCCCAAUGCAUGUACCAACAUGGAGAUGGACAUGGUGCUGGGAACCAUGAAACUAAGGACCGUGUAUUGUCAUUACUUAUUCAGCCCAUUCCACCAUAUAAAGAUCAAUGAGUUUAAAUUAUUAAUUGUACUAUAUAUUAUCCAAACCUGUAGUAAAUUUUUUUUCCCCUUUUCCUUUGGAUGAUGUAUUUGCUAGUUUAAAGAUGUGUUGUCAAAUUUUAGUGUAAAAAUAUGUUAUAAUAAGGUUGCGUCAAUAAAAUUGGGUUGGAAUUGAGUUUUAAGUCAA